UUUAAUUACUUCCAACUGGUGCGAUGGAAGCGAAACUAGCAAAAUCCGUUUCGUUAAAUGUUUUGUUUGGAAUGUCGCAAACACUGGUCCGUUCCCCGUAUGUCAAUGUUGAAGAAAAAUAGUGAUUUCCCCUAGCAGCAAAGUGCGAAUACGAUUUUCCAAAGUGUGAAAAGUGUCCAUGAAAAGUUCGUGUUCGAAAGUGUGUUCGUGUGAAACGAGAAAGAAGAUGCUGAAGAUGUGAGAUGAAACAGUAAAGCAAAGUUCGAUUUGGGAAAAAUAUUUCCGAUCAACUUUGCCUUCGAUCAACAUUCUACCUUUGAGGGUGAUACGCCCGAACAAAAAUAUUAGUAUAGGAGGCAUAUCGUGUCCCUUCGCGUGGAAGCGUAGGUGCCAGUGCAGGAAGGCCACCAAAAGAGGCUCUCCCUAUAAAAAUAUAUUCUCAUCAUCAUAAUCAUUACCGUCGUCGUCAAAAUCAAAAUGGCUGCUAUUGCCUUCACUCGUCGUCAUCGUCGUUUUGCUGCUGCUGCUGGUGCAAGAUUCUCACUCAUCACGGUUCUCUCGCAGUUCACGGGAUACGCGGUGUUGUGUGCGUGUGAAAAUAGUGCCCCAUAUGAAUGGAUUGGUGCCGCUCGGUGCUGAUACCACUGAACGCACGUACACAGUUUUGACGGCACUUGCGUCAUGACGAAAACAGAAACUCGCUCCGUUCCAAAGUGAAUCUUCUGAAAGGGCUUAGCGGACAAAGAAACGUAAACAAGUUCACGUUCACCAUUUCCUCGCCGGGAAUAUGAGUUUACUUGUGUGUACCGGAACUUGGGAUCAGUGCACAGCGGCAGGUUCUUGGUGGGCAAUCUAAUUUUUCGUCAUUUUCAGCCGAAACAGAUGGAAACGAUGCAUUAUGAUUCAAUGGCGGCCGAUAGUGACGGUGAUCAACAAAAUAACAGCAGCAGUGCUACGCUGAAAGCGGUUGUCAUUUGCGAAGGCAAUCUCCACGAUCCCGAUUUUCAAGCGCGAUUAGAGGGCUUAGUCGCCAGAUUAACCACACUGGUGAAGGAGCCAACGGAUGACGGGAAGCUCGAGGUUGACAAGGUCGAACCAUGGAACAGCGUACGUGUCACCUUGUCUAUACCCAAAGAAGCGGCAGUGAAGCUACGAAGGCUCGCCGCCGAGGGGAACAGUGCUCUGCGGGCUCUUGGUAUACUUUCUGUUCAACUAGAGGGCGACACCGUACUAUCGCUAAGGCUGGUUGGGCAGGAAAUUGUGUUGAGAACGGAUAACUCGACCACCACAGGCCCAACUACUGCUAACAACGGGAACAGUGGCUUGGGAGAACUGACACGGAUUCUUUCCCAGCAGCAAAGUCACCAGCAGCAUCAUCAUGUUCAACUACAGCAUGGCCAGCAACUAUCUUUAUCCCAUGAACCUAUGGCAGGUCCUUCGAAGGCUCCUCCUCAUGUACAGCACAAGCCAACGCUUCCACCUGCUACUCCCGUGCCCGUAACUGCUGCAACCCCGAUAGUAAAUGGACCCGCUACUGUGGAUGGUGCUGUGUUCAAGUCCCCAAACACCAUUUGUCCCAUGGAUGGCAAAUUGCCAGUCCCCAUUCCGAAUGUCGUAGAGAGCUGCGAAUAUCCAUUCGAGAGCAUGACCCAGGCGAGGGUUAUACAGCGACGGGAAAAUACCCUCGGUAUUGUUCCGACUGCAGGUCCAAGUGGUGUCGCAAAAGCGUCAUUAGUGCCUAAUAGUAAUCAUUUCGUGGCACCAAACCCACCACCGCCUCCACCUCCACCUUCGUACCAAGCAGCAAUAGCAGCGGUUUCUACGAUAAAAAGUGGCCCGGCAAGUGUUGGUGCUGUUGGAGGUUCUGCCACCACCGGAAGCAUAGGAAAUGUGGCAAUGACUAGUCCACUGUUGGUGAAUUUGUUGCAAAAUGAAAGUGUUAUUCCGCAGAGUUUGACAUCCACGUCGAAAAUAGUGCCGCUAAUAAAGCAAGAGCUUAUAACAGCGGGUGUUACAAGUGCGAACACGAUUCUUGGAAAGGCUUCGGCCGUGAUUGGAAUUACGUCCAAUUCUAAUCUUGUGAACGUUAUCAAUGACAAUGAACAAAUUGUGAAUAGUGGUGGUCGUCAGACACCAACGUGUGCCGUAACAAAUAGUACUAACAAUCCAGUGCAACCAGUGAUCGUGAAUAACAGUGGAGUCACAGUGACAGUUACACAAACGGCAGCAGCCCCUAUAACGUCAAAUAGUGCAGUGACCGCACAGCAUACACUUUUAGUGAACAACUCUAACGCUGGUGUUGUGCCAAUUGUCACGGGACCGGUAACCGGACCAACGAUCAGUGCUAGUGCUAAUACAAAUCUUAAUAUAAUGACAAACAAUAGUAACAUAACCAAUACCGCUAGUAACAAUCAGAAUGUUUUGAAUGUACCGCCUUCUCUAGUAACUCCACCAAUAUCAGUGCCUUCUUCAAGUAAAAACGUUAGCGUGCAACAACAACAACCAAGAAUAAAUUGUGGCUCCAGUGGAGCUGGCAUGAUAAGGCCUUCCACGACUCAACAAGCUCUGCGAUCUCAGUCGAUGGGAGUGGGGAUCGUUCAACAACAACAACAACAACAACAACAGCGACCACAUUUAUUGACCCUGCAUCAGACGCAUUCCCAGCAGAUAAACAUAAGUCGAUUUUCAGUCCAGCAACAUCAGAACAUACCUUUCAGACAACCAUCAGCACCUCAAAUGCAACCACAACAACAACAACCAACACCGGCGAACUCUCGAUGGGCAGCACCGGUGUCUAUGGAUUCUGCCACGAAAUCUAGCUAUCAGGAGUUCACUCGGUAUCAAAUGCAAUACAAUCUCAGUCAACAGCAGUUGAACAAACAACCGCAAAAUGCAACACCGGCUGGGAAUAGCGACCUUCUCGGCCUCGGCAGUCUGAGUGAUCUACCGGAUUUUGGGAAGAACGAUCUAGAUUCGCUUCUACCAACAUUGAAUUCUGCCGAUCUUGAUGGAGCUUUCCUUGACGGAUUAGACCUCGAUCUUGAGCAGUCAUUGACACCCACCGGAGGCCCGUUGGCAAAACCAGAGCGAAAAUGGAAACAGCAGUGUUUGAUUAAUCCUUUGACUGGUGAACUGGAAGAAACACAGAUAGAGGAAAGUGCCGAAGAGAAUGAUGAGGAUGCUUCGAAGAACUUUCCGGAAUUUCACUCGGAAAUGUCGAACUCGUUGUACUCUGACGAUGACACCUCUUGUAGUACUGGUUUCUCGAAGUUCACCUCGGACGUUAGUGAUACGGAACGAUCUAUUCCAGUGGAAGGUGCGAGCUCGGGAGGGCUUAGCAACGCAUUGCAUGGAGCAGCUAAUGCUUCGCUUGGUAAACUUGGUAAACCUGGUAAAGUGAAAAAAGAAAAACUGAAAGACGGAACUAAGAGUGCGUCAAAAACGAAGGAAAAGAAACCACGUGAGAAGAAAUCGGCUUUAUCUCUGAAACAGGUGAAGACUAAAGCAAAAAUUGUUUCCACCGAAAGUGGCGGUGAAUCGCCCGGAAGUCAAGAGAAAAUCAAGCUUCGCUUGAAACUAGAAAAAUCGGAAUCCAUUAGUGUCAGUUUGGUGCAACCUCAACCAAUUAGUGGCAGCAGCGUCAGUGGUUUGAGUAGCAGUAAAAAAGUGCAAUCGUCACAGGUGUUGAUAGGAAGCUCCAGUACGCAUAGCGGUUUUGGAAAUAUUACUAGUGCAUCGGCGGUUAGCGUUGGCAUGGCAUCAUUGCAGACGUCCCUAUCCGCAAGUUCGCUCUCUCCUUCUUCACCUGCCUUGUCUGUUGUUAGUUGUUUAACGCAACAACAUCAACAGCACCAACAGUCAUUGUCUCAGCAAGCUCUUAAUAGUGCAUUCACUGGUACGAAUAACAGUGCUGGAAUUACUACCUCCAACAGUAGUGCGAGUUUGCAAACACCGUCUCCCGCUGGCGAGGAGCUACGUGUGCCCCCUUUACACAUAAGUUUAAGAGGGAAAAAUUCAGUGGUUAUUAAAAAUUCGAGAAAAGACCGGAAGAAAAGUCAAAGUAGUGAGGAGAACAGCGAUGGGAACAAUUUUCAGCAUAGCAAAAAGAAUGCAAUUAAAAGAAGUAGCCAUUCCACUGACAGUCGGUUAACAGUGGUCAUGACGAGCGACGCCAGUAUUCGGUUGAAACUUGAAGACUCAGGAGUGUCUGCAACACCUGGAUCUUCUUCUAUGCCAUCAUCGCCGAAUCAUCACAAUCACAUAAGUAUUGGCAAUAGUGGAACUGGUUGUGCAACGACUACUUCUAUUGUAAAUUCAAAAGUGAAAUCGAAUAAAAUAGAAGAUCUGAAUCAUCCCACGGUCAUAGGAAGCGAGCUGAUCGGUUCGGAGCAUCAUCAUAAACGAUGCGCAGCCGACUCUGUGCACAGUCCGAAUGGGUUGAUGUGUCCGGAGAAGAAACGACGCCUUAGCAGUGGCCCUAGCGGUAAUCAACAGCAAACCAGCUCAAUCGAUGAUCUGAGUGUGAAUUCGAGCAGUACCAGUGCGGCCACCAGUAUAAACGAGAUCAAUGAAAUCUACGAAACACUAAUCUCGACCACUGCAAGUGGUCCUAUUGGAUCGACAAACGUUGGCACGUUGCCACAUUCGUCGCUCCUAGCAGCGGCAACGUCGUCAGCAAAAAACUUGAAGAGCUCCAGCACGAACAACAGUAUCAACAACAACAACGCGUUUGGCAAAUGCAUUAGCAACAACAAAACUCUUGUAAAGCCAGCGCAGUCGAGCCCAACGACGUCGUCUGUGUCCUCGCCUGGAGCUCUAGCAGCUGCACCAAAUACUUUGAGCUCGACACAGUCCUCAAAACUAUCGUCUUCAUCUCCUUCAUCGGAAGCAUCCGAGAGUGGGAAGCUCUCAAGUGAAAGAAAUUCCGAUAUAUCCGGUGGGGAGACCGAUGGAAAGGACACCGAAUGUAGCAGAAAAAGCUGCGAUAUAGCAACCACUACCUCAGGUUUAGAACUAUCUGUGAAUCAGCGAAUAAACAACACCCAUCACCAUCAUCACAAUCGGCCACCCGAGAAAAUGGGCGAUUCCCUUCCGAACUGCGACCCAUCGACAACUCCGCUCCAAGUUCCAACGAUAGCCAAUGCCGGUGGACAUAUGUUGGGACAAGGAGUACGUGGCUCACCUGGUUCUCAGGCCCAGGGCGAAGACAGUGGCAUCGAAUCGAUGGAUGCACUGUCGGAGAAAAGUCCUCACCAACUGUCCCACAGUCCACAAGGGAAUGAGCCAAACAAAUUACUCAGGAUGGAUAGCCCUAAAGCGAAAGUAGCUGUGACUGUCGAUCCGAAGGAACUGCUGAAGGUCGACUGUACCAGUAACAACAACAACAGUCACGUGAACUUGGAUGAGUACAUAGACAUCGAGGCAGCACUAGCUAAAAUGGAAGGUUUGAACGACAUACAAGUGGCUGCAACCACCGAACGCACGGCGAAAUUGAACGGCGACCAUUCUACGCUAAUGCAACCGGCAAAGCAAGAGUUGGAUCUUCUCGACCACAAUACUCUCAUGAAACUUGAUAGCGCAAAUCUUAGCAAAAUUCUCGACGACAUCGACGACGAUGAGCUGGUGAUGUCGGAUACUGCUUUAAAGGGGAAUAGUGUCGAAGUGUCUUCCAGUGAAAUAAUAUCCCUAGAGCAGAAGUCAGCCGGGUUAACCGGAAAAGAGGCAGAAGACUGGUAUGAGAAGGCAGGGAAAAGGCAACAGCAACAGCAGCAGCAGCAGCAAACGGAGGAGGAAGCAAAUGAUAUACUCACUAAUAGUAGUAACAAUAAUCUUGCGGACAAGGCCGAGAUUAAGCUGGAUACCAAGCAACUUGUGCUAGAUGAUUGUUGUAGCAAUAAGGAGGUGUUAAGUUUAAAAAACGAAUGUGAUAGUAAGGUAAUUGACUGUAAAUCUGUAAUUAAAAUUGAUUCCGAGGAGGCUAUCGUUAAUAAUAUAAAACAGGAACAGAGCGGUAACAAAGCAAAUGCCGAAAACAGUAACAGCAAAACGUUGGUUGCUGAAUUGGGGGAGCAAACACAUGCGGAGAAAGUUACUUUCAACGCUCAAGUAUCUUGUGUAGAGCUAAAGGAACUGAAAGUUGGAGAUUUAAACAAUAUUGCUGAGCCUAAGCCACGCCACGAACAGCCACCACUGUACAGCUAUUCUAGUGAGAAAGCUCGUGAGCGUCGAUCGGCUGCCAGCUCUACUUCUUCAACUUCCUCGACCCCUACCGUCAUGGAAAUUAUAGAUUUGGAUGAUUCUGGCAAAUCUAAUGAUGUUGAGCAUCUACCGAAUCAACCACAAAAUAAGGAGAUUCAUUCGCCACUUUCAAUUGAUAUUCCUUUACAUCCAGAAUCCGGCGAAAAUCGAGUUAGGACACGAGCGUCGAGCAAGCUAGAAAGUCCUUUAGAGCCACCUCGGCAGAGUCCUUCAGUUGAUUCUCCAGCUGCGGAAAGGUUGAAAAGCACCACCAAACAAUCUGAAAAAAGUUCUAAUGCAAACACAACCGCACCCGUUAGUGGUGACCGAAUGAGCCCGAAAACGCUUUUAAAAUCUAGCAAACGAAAACGUCAGGGUUCAGAGAGCUCAACUCAAUCUUGCAUCAGUGAUGACAUACCAAGCCGUGCGAAAAAGCCUCGAAAGGCAGCGGCUGCUGUGGCAUGCGCUGAAAAGCCGAAGAAAGCUAACGCAAGUCGCAGUGUACAAAAGAGAAAGACAGCGUCUCCUCCAAACACAACAGUCAUGCCGGCUACGACUCCAACGGUAGAAGACUCAUCUGACAGUGAUGAGCCUUUGAUUGAGAUAGCGGGUAAAUUUCGAAAUUCUAAACUAACUAAACCAAGUUCUUCUUCUACUACCACUUCUUCUACAAAUUCUACUACUUCGUCUACAACACCAUCAUCAACCUACUCCUCAUCCUCCUCUACAACAGGUACCAGUAUUGGAUCGUCGACCUCGUCUGCGGCAUUGAUAACUGAGAAAGAGAAAACACUUCGAAAUCACAAGACACCGACAAAUUCCAAAGCUAGCGGUAGUAGCUCGCAUAACACAUCCGUGUCAUCGGCGUCAUCGAAUAGUGCUGGCUCGGGUGGUACGACUGUUCAUAGAUCCAAUGCUCUGCUCAAAUCUGCGCAUCAUGCCUCGGCUUCGGUAAAUACCAAUGCAACUUCGGUUUCGGACGAAAAGAUUAGUACCCGUAGAAGCGUUCGAAUGACCACAUCAACGCUAUCGACAGCCGCCAUGAAUAGCAAGGCUAAAGCAAAUGCCUCGACUGUUUCAGCAGUUCAACAUUCUGUUACUAGUAGUGCCAGCUCGGAUAACCAGAAAGAAUCCGUGAACCAUCACAACGCAUCUCAGCACAAAAGUAAUCAUCAUGUAAAUCAUCAGCACUCGUCUGCAAGUAAUCCCAAGGUUGUCGUAUCGGCGGGGGAUUCAAAAACUGCUGCAGGAAGUAUAGCUUUAGCGGCUACUGAACCCAGCACUACCACCACGAUGGAGGUGCGGCGAAAAACAAGGAGUGCGGGCCUAGACCCCACCACAGAGGGUCGACGGAGACGAGUUUCCCGCGACAGCAAGUGACCAAUCGCUUGCGCCUCAACCGACAGUAGUUGCAGUGACACUACCACCGGUCUUGUUCGUCGUCGCAGCAGUCGUCAGUUGUAUGAUUCGCAUCAACGAGAGAAGCAUCGUUUUCUGUAUUCACACUUCUUCGAGCACUCUGACGAGGAAGAUCUUGAAGAGGAUGAACCAGAUGACUAUGAUUACAAUGCCGGGGCGGAAGAGCAUAACAAUAAUGUUGUCGUUGACGUUCUUGGAAGCGAAGGCGAAAUGCUGCCAGACGAGAACAGCAAACAUAGCAACUGUAGUGAUCCGCUACUAAGCGAAGAGGUUGAUCCUCUUUCGUCUUGCGAGCCAUUGGCAGGCGUGAAUGUUGGCGGUAGCAAUAACAAGACGGUAGUUGAGGCGCAAUACAAUGGAAGAGCAAUUCGAUCGAAGCAUAAUAUGUCCAGUACGUUCGCCGGUGGAGGCGGCGGCGGCGAUGAAAACAAUACUGGAACCCACGAUGAUGGAGAUUCGUAUGCUAGUGAAAUCCUCCUUACGACCAACAGUGAUUGCAGUCUAGAUGAGUUCGUGUCGUCGGAUGACGAUAGCAAUCUAGAAAUAUCUGUGGUAACUAUAUCUCUAUACUGAUGAAGAGUACAGUUUUCUUUUUUGUGUGUGUAUAAUCCGACUGUUUGUAUCGUUUGACAAAUGGUUGUGAACCUGUUUAUUUGCUAUACAUAUUUUAUGAGACGAGUCAACUAAACGUCUGUAAAGUGUCUUAUUGUGCAUACAAAUGGGUUUAUCUAUAUGGUUCAAAAUACAAUAUUGGAAAACGUAAUUCCACGAUUGAAGCUGUCACGGUUCCAAAUUAUCACUUUUGAUUGAAGUCUUCGAUCUUCUUGGGAAGAGUCACUCUUAUCAAGAAGUUCAAUUGUGCAUUGGAGAAAACGUAUACGUUUCAGUAAGUCACAUCUAGUAUUUGAUUCAGCUUGCAUUCACCACUUAAUUGUGCGAUCGUGGAAUAUGUUGACAUUCCGGAGCAUAAUUGUAGAUUUAAAGAGACCAAUAGUUCUGGAUGAUUUGCUUGCACUAAUUACAGGCGAACGAUAUCAAGUAUUCAUUUAAAUUUGCUACUUAUUUAUAUUACAGCACAUAAAAGAUACCAUAAUAACAGAAUGGAACAGUGAACAGCAAAUAUUGCUGGAACGAUUCUGUAAAACAGCGUAUGUAAAUUUCUAGACUAUUUGUCUCGGUCUGUUAUAUUUUGAGAUGUAAAAUGAAUGGGUAUGUAUCGCGUAAUCUAAACACUUACAUUUGUAAGUCGGAAAAAUUGUUAGAAUAACAAAUCAAUAAGAAUACUAUCCCAAGUUAGGACACCGUGGCAUGGAGCACAGAUCAGUUGAAUACUAACAAUAGAAAUCUCGUUUAGUUUUUUUAGAAAUCAAACGCUUAAGUUUUCGGAUCACAAUGGAUAAAAGCGCGAUGGGGAAGCAAUUGAUGAACAGUUGGAUAAUCGCUUUGUCUUUUGAGUGUGAUGUCUGUAAAUCGACCGACAAUUAAUGUUGUGGAGAUACAGGAAUGACCAGAACACAAAAAUGCAUUUCAUCAGAAUUAUUUUGAACUGAUCGAAUAUUGUUCGGGUAUUAUCAAUUUUGUUAUAACUUCAAUGAAUCGCCGAACUGAAAUUAUUUGCUUCAGACAAGAUCAUCAAUGUAUAGAGACAUCAUUUCUGGACGUAUUGUCAUGGAUAACGGUUUCUUAGAGAAGGAAAUGCAAUAUUGUGUUUAUUUUGAUACAAUUGAGUCAGUGAUAUAAUGGAAAAGUUUUAAAGUUUUUUUGUAAGGACUUCCAUGCACUAUGUAUAUGGGUCCAUAAAUACUAUUCCUGAACGAGCACAACUACCGUAACUCCUUUAUAUUCUGCGCAGUUGAGACUUUUCAAAGUUUGAACCAUUUUGUAACCAAAAUAUAUGCACCAUAUCACAAAACAGUUAAUGCGGUCUUGAAACUAUAUCAUUAGUACUAAAUAUAUGCCACGGACUUCUUCAAACGUUUCGUAUCAAUCCGAAGCCCUGCUCUACAUGCCAUGGUUACUCACUGGACAAUGCUUUUUUCCUCUUCCUUUCGGAAAACUGAAUGCUUUCUAGGGGCGUUCCACGUUACCAUUCAGUUUCAGUUGUGUACGGUGAGUACUUUCUGGGGUUCUUUGAUAUUUCAUUGAUCGACGUUUUGAAGAACUUUUCGUUGUCAUCUGACGGGAAUAGUGUAGAUUUUCCCAUGGUCAACCUUGUUUCAUCCAUAAACGAAACAUUAACAACCUGAUUCUGCACGUUAUAAAUCCUCUUUUUCUGAAAGUUGAUUUGUUUUAAUCAUUUCAAAUAAGUCACAUUCGGAUACAAAACAUUUAAAAUUCACUGAUAAAUUUCGGAUCUGCAAUACAUUUUUCGUUAAUUUGGGGAGAAGAAAGAAUUCGUUGCGUCUUAGCGUCGAUGCUAACAGGAACAAAAAUAUGACAUUUUAAGUGAUGUCAGAUUUGUUUUUAAUAUUUUUUCCUGUACUACUCAAUUUUUUUCGGUGAAUUAUCGGGUGAUAACAAAGACAAAGAACAAUCUAACUAUUCAACAGUAUUAAUACGCACAACCAAUAGUUAAUUGGUGUAUUUAGUCACGAAACACGAAACACGAAAGUGCGCAGAGUUAGGGUGAGUUACGGUAGCUUUUUUUUGUCAAUCUCACGAGAUUUAUUCUAGUACCAAAGUUCUGCAAAUUGUACUACACUGUUCGCUGUUCGUAAACAUGUUUGUGUAAAAAAUUUCAUUGAACAUAAACUGCGUGGUGCAUAUUCGAUCUGAAUCUUCACGAAUGGAUAAAAACAAAGUAUUCAGAAGAGAGCCAGGCACUAAAUUAUAUUUUGGAAGGUACGUAAUAUACCCGAGCAGAAAAGUAGAUUUCUCUUCAAACUUGUGUUAUGCUUUUCGGUUAUUGCAAUGCAUAGGAAAAAUUUAUUGCGUAUUUGGAUCUACCUUCAGCAAUACGGUUGAAAUCACUCACGGACAUUUGUCGAAAAAAAUAGAUAGUCUGCUACUCCCGUCGUAGGUUGCUGCGAUCGAACACAGGAACACCAAAUUGUAGAACAAGAAGUCAUCCAUGCACAUUCACACAAUUUACGCAAACACUCACACGUGUGCUGACACAGAGAGACAUACUUAGUUAAGUUUAGAAUGCAACUCACUAAGAUUUAUUCAACAAACGCUCUGUAUUUACUGAUCAUGUAUACACAACCUAUUUCAUAUUAUUAUAGCAUACAAAAAAGAACGCUAAGAAUCAGAAAUAAAUUAUUGAAUUAAUUAAUACUACAAAUUACAUUUAUUAAGAUCGAAAUAUCAUUAAAAAACACGUUACAAACAAAACAACGUCAAUGUCGAAUUGAACGUUGGAUGUUGGGAGUGACAGAGAAAAAAGCUAUUUUAAGAAACAUACACAGAGAAAAUACAAGAAAAAAAAUCGAAGUUAAAAACGUAAUUGAAAUGAUAAUAUUUAUGAAUAUUAAAUUUAAUUUAAUUAGUACACGAACACACACACACACACAUUUAUGCAAUUUAACGUAUUUGCUUCCCGAACAGCUACUGCUGCUGAGUGGCAAGUGCGAGCGAAACAUUAUUUGUACAUUAUUCACAUGUAAAUUUAACUGGUAUUAACUAGUAUGUGACACACCUCUAGAACGCAACCCCUCCCACAUACGAUCGUUCAUUCAUUGAUUUUAGAUCACACGAGUAAGCAUUCAUUCCUUUUCUUAUAUAUAUAUAUAUUUUUUUCUUUCAUUAGUUCUAUUCGUUGCUAUCUCACUUUGUUCUUUCUCAAAGAGAGUUCAAUGUUACACUUUCCUCUAUAUGUACAAUUGCCAGGAAAUAAAAUAAAACAGAUUCACAAAUAUACACACUAACGUGAGAGCAUAACGAGAAUGAAGGAAAAAUGGUGAAAAUAGCGUAAAUUUAUCGGGUAAGUGUAUGAUCUAGAGAAGAUGCAAAAAAUGAUAUACAUACAUUUACAAAAAAAAAAAACAAAAAAUAAAGCAGAUUAUAAAAUAUAUAAAAAUGGAAAAUAUUAAGAGCGAAAAUAUAUACAUAGUAAUAUUAAAUAACAAGUAAGGAGACAAAUGGAUGAAAUAAGAAUGAAAGUAAACAGUAAGUAAGAAAUUUGUAAUAUUUGUAGAUUUGUUUGUGGACAGGUUAAUAAUCUAAGCUCUAAAUAUAAAUAUUGUUGAAUAGAUAUAUCGUAAAAUUGUGUUAAAAGAAAAUGAAAUGUUGUUUUAUUUGAAAAAUACACAAAAUCUGGAUAAUAAUACAAUACAUAUAAAUAAUAAAUAACAAUGAUCAAA